AUGGCGGCGGCCCCACGCGCGUGCCGGCGGCGCGGGCGGCCGCUCCCGGCCUCGCUGCUGCUGCUGCUGCUGCUGCUGGCGCUGCCGCCUCCGGGGGGCCCGCCGGGCGCCGCCGCCUACUUCCCCGAGGAGCGCUGGAGCCCUGAGUCGCCGCUGCAGGCGCCGCGCGUGCUCAUCGCGCUGCUGGCGCGCAACGCGGCCCACGCUCUGCCCGCCACGCUGGGCGCCCUGGAGCGGCUGCGGCACCCGCGGGAGCGCACGGCGCUGUGGGUGGCCACAGACCACAACUCAGACAACACGUCGGCCGUGCUGCGGGAAUGGCUGGUGGCCGUGAAGAGUCUGUACCACUCGGUGGAGUGGCGGCCGGCAGAGGAGCCCAGGUCCUACCCAGAUGAGGAGGGCCUCAAACACUGGUCCGACUCCCGCUACGAGCACGUCAUGAAGUUGCGCCAGGCGGCUCUGAAGUCGGCCCGGGACAUGUGGGCUGACUACAUCCUGUUUGUGGAUGCGGACAACCUGCUCUUCAACCCGGACACUCUGACCCUGCUCAUCGCCGAGAACAAGACGGUGGUGGCCCCCAUGCUGGACUCCCGGGCCGCGUACUCCAACUUCUGGUGUGGCAUGACGUCCCAGGGCUACUACAAGCGCACGCCCGCCUACAUCCCCAUCCGCAAACGGGACCGCCGGGGCUGCUUCGCGGUUCCCAUGGUGCACUCGACCUUCCUGAUCGACCUGCGGAAGGCGGCCUCCAGGAACUUGGCGUUCUACCCUCCCCACCCGGACUACACCUGGGCCUUCGACGACAUCAUUGUUUUCGCCUUCUCCUGCAAGCAGGCAGAGGUGCAGAUGUACGUGUGCAACAGGGAGGUGUACGGCUUCCUGCCUGUGCCGCUGCGGGCACACAGCACCCUCCAGGACGAGGCCGAGAGCUUCCUGCACGUGCAGCUGGAGGUCAUGGUGAAGCACCCACCGGCGGAGCCCUCCCGGUUCGUCUCAGUGCCCACCAAGAUGCCUGACAAGAUGGGCUUUGAUGAGGUCUUCAUGAUCAACCUGAAGCGGCGGCAGGACCGGCGGACACGCAUGCUGCAGGCUCUGAGGGCACAGGAGAUUGCGUGCCGGCUGGUGGAGGCUGUGGACGGCAAAGCCAUGAACACCAGCCAGGUGGAGGCGCUGGGCAUCCAGAUGCUGCCUGGCUACCGGGACCCGUACCACGGGCGGCCUCUCACCAAGGGGGAGCUGGGCUGCUUCCUCAGCCACUAUAACAUCUGGAAGGAGGUUGUGGACCGGGGGCUGCAGAAAUCGCUCGUGUUUGAGGAUGACCUGCGCUUCGAGAUCUUCUUCAAGAGGCGCCUGAUGAACCUCAUGCGGGAUGUGGACCAGGAGGGUCUGGACUGGGACCUCAUCUAUGUGGGCCGGAAGCGGAUGCAAGUGGAGCACCCCGAGAAGGCUGUGCCCCGCGUGAGGAACCUGGUGGAGGCCGAUUACUCCUACUGGACGCUGGCUUAUGUGAUCUCCCUGCAAGGCGCCCGCAAGCUGCUGGCUGCCCGGCCGCUGUCCAAGAUGCUGCCUGUUGAUGAGUUCCUGCCCGUCAUGUUCGACAAGCACCCAGUGUCUGAGUACAAGACCCACUUCUCCCCCCGCAACCUGCGCGCCUUCUCUGUGGAGCCCCUGCUUGUCUACCCCACGCACUACACAGGGGACGACGGGUACGUGAGCGACACAGAGACCUCGGUUGUGUGGAACAAUGAGCACGUCAAGACCGACUGGGACCGCGCCAAAUCCCAGAAGAUGCGGGAGCAGCAGGCGCUGAGCCGCGAGGCCAAGAACUCAGAUGUGCUGCAGUCCCCACUAGACAGUGCUGCCCGUGACGAGCUCUGAGGGGCAGCAGCCACAACACCAAAGCAGCCAUCACAGGCCCGGCCUCCACGUGCUCGCCAGGGUCAGCUGGGCCCCUGUGGGUCCCUGGCAGGCCAGGGGGCUCUCCACGCAGGGCGGUGUUCAUCCAGGGUUUGCUCAGCAAUCACAUGCACGCAGGCAGCAUUAAUGGGGUGCCUACUGUAUGCCAGGAACAGGGCUUGGCACCAGGGGAUUGGGUGGGAACAAGCCAGCAUUCAUCUCUCUGUGUGCCCAACACUUUUUAAGCAUUUACUGUGUACUGGGUUCCUGUGUUAUGGCAGUGAAGGACGCGUAAUUAUCCCCUCAAUCAGUGAUUGAGUCAGUCAUCAAGCAUUUAUUGAUUCCCCCCCAAGAAUCAGGCACUAGUAUACACAUUCAUUUUUUAAAUUAAUUUGAGUAUUUAUUGAGUGCUGACUGUAUAUUGAGCACCAUUCCAGGCUCUGGGAAUAUAAACAAGACACUUUCAUUCAUUUAUUCAAACAUAUUGAGCACCUGCUAUGUGCCUGGUACUUAUGAUACAAAGACAAUUCUUAUUGGCUCAGUGCAUUUAUUGAGUGCCUGCUGUGUUCUGGGAGCUGAGCUCGGUGCUGGGGAUGGAAAUAAACAAGGUGCUUUUUACUCUUUAAUUGGUUUCUCCCCCACACGUCUGAAAAGUGCCGAGCGUGCACCAGGCACUAGUGAUACAAAGCAGCAUGACGGUUGUUCAUUCAGCAUCUGAUCACACACAUGUGCUGGGCCACAGAGAUGAACAAAUGAGUCCUUUCCUGUCUUCAUGCAGCAGGCAUUUAUUGAAUGCCUACUGUGUACCAGACCUGAUGGACCCCCAGUGCGGUUGGAGAAUGGUUGACUGAGUCUGGUUCCUCCUCGUCCCCUGUCACCUGAGCUCUGUGCAGACAACAUCCCCCCACCACCCCAGAAGGGAGGGUGACUCUUCCCCCACCAGGGGCAGCUAUGGGUCUCAGUGGCCACAUGGACACUGGCAAGCCCCCCUGGACCAGUCCCCUUGGAGGGGGUGGGGGGUGAAGAUGGGGGCUGGGUCUCCCGUGCCUGCUCCUGAUCCUGUUUGCUUGACUUCCCUGGCCUGCAUCUCAGGUGUGGUCUCGGCCUGCUCAGUGGGGCUCCUCUGUCCAUUGGUGGGGUCACGUGUGUGGGGCUCUGCAUGGGCUCAGCUGCACUGGGGAGCUGACCGUGGCCUGGGCAUGUGUUCCCCAGCACGAGCCAGAGGACUUGCUGUGCCUUCAGCCGGAAACGAAUGUCAGAGCCAGCCAGUGGUGCUUCGCUCUUAGGGGCCACUGCUCGCCGGCUCGGGUCUUGGAUGAUUUGCUUAUUUUUUUAUUAAAUAUUCGUGGUUGGUUUUCA